AUGAAACGGGCGGACGGAAACGCGUUUGCGACGGCUCGCCGGAGAGCAUGCAUGGAGCGGCCGGACGAGCGCUUUGUCGCCGUCGCCGAGCAGCUCGGCAGUCGCACGCAACGCCAAGUCAUCUCGCACCGGGGCGGCGCUGCCCUGCGGUGGGAGGAAGCGAUCGCUCUCUGGCGCACGGAUGCCGCAUUCACUCUCUUUUUCACGGCCGUCCUGGCGGCUUGCCCCUUCGACUCCUUCUACUUUGAGUGUCCGCCCCUCGCCGCGGCCUCGGCGGCCGAUCCCUUUGAAUUUGUGCUGGUGCAAGCGCACGGCUUUGCACGCGCCGACCCUUCCGAUUUUGCAGAGCACAUCGGUCGCAGCGGUGUGGGCGCGGUCACAUUUGCAAACCUAGGCGGCGACCCGAAGCUAGCGCCGGGAGCGGCGCGCGCGGCGUACGGUCACCUCGCCGCCUUUUGCCGCGCCGCGCCCGAGAGCCAGCGCGUGGCGGUCUGGCAGGCGGUUGGCGAGGCGCUACAUGGGAUGCUCGGCGGCGCGGCCGCGUCUGCCCCGCCCGUGUGGCUGAGCACGGAGGGAAGCGGAGUGCCGUGGCUGCAUGUGAGGCUGGACAGCAGGCCAAAGUACUAUCACCACAGAAAGUACGCGCGCUGA